AUGUGUUGCAUUGUAUUUAUACAAGUCAUAGGGGUUUUUAUGACUUCCCUGUUAAACCAUGUUCAGUCUGCUCAAACCUUGGAUACUUAUAAAUCAUCGAAAGAAAGAUAUGCCGCAGAACUAAGUGAAUGUACCUUGUUCCAAAAGCAAUGUUUACACCUCGACGAAGAUCUCGCUCUUCUGUUUUGUGCUUUAAGCACUACACACAAUAAUAAGACGCAAGUUCCUUUUUUGUGUCAACACAAAAUUUGGACUCAUCAGGCUGGAUUACUUGAUAGUACAUAUCUUGAAAAUAAAUUAAAGGAUCCUUGUCAGGAAGAACCAAAUAUUCUGGAUUGUCUCAGUUCAAAUAUAAAUACCAUAGACUGCAUAUUAAAGCAAGCACCAAUUUUGAAGACUAAAUCUUGUGCAAGGGUGGUAAAUAAAAUUGAAUCUUUAAUUUUUAAUGAUUGGCAGAUCACAGGUAAUUUUUUGAAAAAUUGUCUGGAUGAUGUUGAAGCCCAUGAAUGUGGAAGAAUACCACCAGAUCCUACAACUCUGUCUCAGACACAUACACUAAAAUGCCUUCAGAAAUUUGAGAUGUCACUUAACCCCAACUGCCAAUCUGAAAUAUCCUCACUCAAAGAGAUGAAGUAUAAUACACUUCAUUUAGAUAAAAUGAUAUUUGCUGCUUGUAAUUUAGAUCAGAAAAACUUUUGUCCUGAUGAAGUACCAGAUUCAUUAUUAUUGUACAAAUGUCUUGUUAGACAUAAAUAUGAAAAUGGGAUGUCCAAACGUUGCCAGGAUCAAUUAUUUUAUACACAACGAACAAUGGUGCAGAACUAUAAAAUGAGCAAAGGCUUGGUUAAAUCCUGCAAGGAGGACAUUCGUAAAUACCACUGUCGAAAAGGUGUAGUUGAAGAUAAAGAUGUCCGUCUUGCACAAAUUUUACUGUGUUUAGAAAAUGUUACCCGCAAUGACAGCACAAAACUCUCUCCAGAAUGUGUUGCGGAAAUGACAGAUCAUAGAAAAAUGCUAAUGGAUGAUUACAGGUUAUCACCGGAAUUAAUGAAGAAUUGUGCAAAUGACAUAACUAUGCUAUGUAGAGGUAUUGAAACUGGUGGGAAAACAAUUCAUUGUCUAAUGGACCAUGCAAGGCCGAGGAGGAGAAAAGAUAAAAGGAUCAGCUUAGCAUGUCAAAGGUCUUUAGAAAUUCUUGUACAAGAAGCAGACCCUGGCGAAGACUGGCGAGUAGAUCCGAUUUUACGUAAAGCCUGCAAACCAGUUGUAGAUACAGCAUGCAGAGAGGUCAAUGGUGGGAAUGGCAGAGUUAUGUCCUGUCUUAUGGAAAAACUGGGAACUGUUCUCAUGACUACUGAAUGUGAAGCUGCUUUGAUGCAAAUACAAUAUUUUAUUUCUAGAGAUUUCAAAUUAGAUCCCCAGUUAUAUAAAGCUUGUAAAUAUGAUGCAGUCACCCAGUGCAAAGCCAAAUUGAAAUGGUCUGAUGCAAGUGAACAUCAAUCUGAGAAAGAUCCUCUUGUGUUGCCCUGUCUCUAUAACUAUGCCUAUGACUCAAAUCUGAGGGGCAUAUUAAAACCAGUUUGUGAACAGCAAGUAAGGAGAGUCAUGAGACAAAGGGCCGUCAGUGUUGAUUUACUGCCUGAAAUAGCUGAUAAUUGCAUGGAUGACUUAACAAAUUUAUGUUUUGAAAAUACUGGUAAAGGUGAAGAAAUAUUGUGCUUACAAAGUAAAAUUAAAGAUCUAACUCCAAAAUGUAAAGAUGUUGUUACAAAUUUUACUGAAACUCAGAGUGGUCAUAUAGAGUUAAAUGCUGUUGUAAGUAUAAACUGUAGAGUUCCAAUAGAAAAGUUGUGUUCCUCUGAACUAAAGAGUAAGAAGGAUGAAGAUGAUAUUUUGGAGUGUCUAAUUAUGCACAAAAAUGAUGCAGAGAUAAAAGCCAAUGUUAAAUGCAGGGCAGCUAUAGAACAUGAACAAUUGAUUUCACUUAAGAAUUAUAGAUUUACUAGAAAAUUUAAAAACGCAUGUAAAUCUUAUGUAGUUAGGUUUUGUCCGAAAGCACAAACAAAAUUACAGGUUGUUAUGUGUUUAAGUGAAAUAAUAAGAAACGAUACUAUCACGAGACGAAAGCAUACUAUUUAUAAGGAAUGUCGUCAGCAGCUUCGAAGUCAACUUUUCCAACAAAAAGAAAAUAUCGAUCUCGAUCCUGAUCUAAAAGAGGCUUGCAGAAAGGACUUGCAAGAAUUUUGUCCGACCAUACCUCAUGGAGAAUCAGCUGCUUUAGAAUGCUUACAAACAGCAAAAGUAAAACUAAGCGAAGGUUGUAGAAAAGCUUUAUUUGUUGUUAGGAAACAGGAAUUUGCAGACAAUGCUAUCGAUUACCAUUUGGUUAAAAGCUGCAGCGAUAUGAUAGACUUGUACUGUCAUAAUACUGAACCAACAGUCCUAUUAGAUUGUUUGAAGGCACAUCGACAGGAAGACGAUUUUGAUAACAACUGCAAAAUUGUUGUCAUUAAUAGAAUGAUAGAACAAAAUAUGGACUAUCGAUUUAAUAAUAACUUGCAAAAUGCAUGCGAUGGCGAUAUAAAAAAAUAUUGUAGUAACGUUAUUUUAAAUGAACCAAAAGAUGUCGAACUUCGUGGAAAAGUUCUUUAUUGCUUAAAAGAAAAGUUUAGGGAGUCCAAAUUAGAAAAAAAAUGUGAAAACGAACUGGCUAAUGUCUUGAGAGAACAAGCUUUAAAUUAUCGCUUAGAUCCACUGUUAGGGAAACUUUGCAAAGCUGAAAUUCAAACAAUAUGCGCAGUACCCAAUGACUCCAUAACAAACUCUGAUGGUCAGGUUGAAGAAUGUCUAAAGAAUGCCCUAUUGAACCACAAAAUAGUGUCUGCAGAAUGUGCCCAGGAAGUUGUUCAAAUUAUAGAAGAAACCGAGGUUGAUAUUGAAGCUGAUCCUUUAUUAGAACGAGCCUGUGCCUUGGAUCUGCUCAAGUACUGCAAAGAUCUCGAACACGGAGCUGGCAGACGAUUGAAAUGUUUGAAAAUUAUCUUAAAUGACAGCAAUAGAAAACUAGAGAAUGAAUGCCAGAAAGAAUUAUCAAGUAGACUGGAAAUGUAUAGAUAUGUUGCACAAGUAAAUGUAAUCGAAAACUUGGGAGAUGUCUACACUGAAAUAUCAUCUUCACCAUCUAAGAAAUAUUUUCUAGUUGUAGGGAUAUCAAUUGUGGGCUUAAUUUUUAUAUUUGGUUUAUAUUGUGGUCGUAUGACAAAAAGGGCUAUGUAUAUAAAGAGAAAAUAG